AUGAUAGAUUCAUCAACAUCAUCAAAUACAACCACAUCACAUACUUCACAUACUGAAACAGAAGAUAGUAUCACAAUCAUCAACAACAACAAUGAAACAGAUGACUUGCAUCAACUACCAACAAUUGAAUCUAACAAAUUUCAAUCAGAAGCUGAGUCCAACAACACCAGAUUCAUACUGGACAGUGGUGCUUCUGUUUGUGUUACAAAUGAUGAAAAGAUCAUUGACAAUUUGGAACCUUGUUUAAUACCAAUCAAGUUGGCUGAUGGAUCCAUAAUAACAGCUGAUGGACAAGGAACAUUGAAAUUUCAGAACAAGGAUCUCAAAUGUGUGUACAUUAAUAAGUGUGAGAGCUACAACUUAUAUCAAUCGUUGAAUUAUUGA